AUGCACGGGGAAGGGGAAUUCGAUUUGGCGAUAUUGGCUUCACAACGAAACGAUAAUGCGACGAUGGGGGUAUUGUCACCAAUUGCGACGGCGACGGCGACGAUGACAGAGCCAGCAAGAGCCAAAACAACAAAAACAACAACGACGACAACAACAACAACAACAACCGACUCCUCAAUGCAUCUCCCCUUCUCUGACUCCGCAAUCGACAUGGACACUGAAUCUUCAGGAAACGCUGAUCAAACGCCAGAGACGACGACAAUACCAACGACAAGAGACACGAUGAACGCGACAGGAAAAUCCCACCUGCAAAGCCUAACAACAAUAACAACAACAAUGAUUAAAGAACGCCUAAUACACCUAACCCAUUUGAUAACCGACUCCGAUUCCCAUCCAAAACCUGAUAAUAGACACAAUAAGGACCAAAACAGCAGAAAUGAAUACAGUAAUAGCUCUCCCUAUCAUCCACUCACAUCACACGCAACGUCACCGUCGACGUCGCUGUCAUGGUCGCCACAGAAAUCUAUUGCCAUCAACCGAUAUCUAGAUGGUAUAGAAGCGCUCCUGCUAGCUCUCCAUAUCACCGGGUUUUCCAGUGGCGCGUCAAGCGAAGAGGAGGAGGAGGAAGAAGAAGAAGAAGAAGAAGAAGAAGAAGAAGAAGAAAAAGAAGUAAAGGUAGAUAGAGGCGAGAAUGAACGCAAAACAAAUCACUGCUGCACACUAUCCAACAACCAUCAUGAUCCACGCCUGGCCUGCAUAUCAUUGGAGGCGGGAUGUCAAAAUGCCAAUACCAAGCCCCAUAACCAGAACCAGAUACAGACUAAACUCGACAGUCAACUCGACGACGUCAUCCGCGAUCUAAAAGUCGUCACCGGAAGCCUCGAACAGCGCCGCGCAGAGUGCCUUCACUUAAACGCCGUGUUCACGAUGAAAUGUGAAAAGCUCGCGCAGCGUAUUCUGGAUUUGGAGGAGCAGAUGGAGGAGCUACGUGCGAAGAAGAUCGAAAACACGAUCGAGCUGGAAGGAUUGAAGGGGACGGUGCGGGGGUUGGAAGGGUGGAUAAAGCGGUGGAAGAUGCGGCAGUGCGAAGACGAAGAGGGAGAGGAAGGGAGGAAUUCCAAACAUGCUUGGUCUGAGACUUCAGACCACGGGCGCGGACAAUGGGGUAAGCCGGGGAGGGUGUUAUGGGGUGGGGAUGGAGAUUAUGACAGUAACGAUGGCGAUGUAGAUGACGAUACGUUGAUGGAUGGGGUUAGUGCGUGGUUGCGUGAUUGGAGGGAUGUGGAGGAAGGAUUUAGGAUUCGGGCUCGGCUGAGGGAGAGAAUGAAGGCGGUGAGGAGGGGUCCUGGAAAAAGUGAAUGA